UUAUGUUUCGCUGAAAAUGUAGCUAGCUAGUGUUGCUUCGAUAAAACGUACGUAGUGCUGUUUUUCUUAUCUACUUUUCAUUAUUUUGCCUGAUUUUUUGUGUCUGGUUGCAAUACCUGUUUAUGUUGAAUGAAGUUGAUAUGUUGUCUGAGUGCUCAUGUCAGCUGUUUACCGUAGACUGAUUGUUAUUGUGUUUCAUUUUUCUUCGAACGUCAGUGUCAAUAAUGUCGAACUCAAUUUAAUCGUACUGUAAAUUAUUUCAAAUUGAUAUUUUUUCGGUUAUUAAAGUCGAGUACCACUUGGAUUAUUUUCAAUUUCCGCGUAUUAUUCUCCUUUAAAUAAUACCUACUUGAAAGAAGCAGCAGAGUAAGUAGAAAAAUAAAGAUGUACGGACGAUGUUACGACGGUCACAUACAUCGCAUUAGAAUGGACUCCCAAAAAACAGCCACCGAGAAUAAACAGCAGUUUAAAUCGUCCAUGUUCCAUCGAAGCAUCUUAAAAGGCAAUGAAAUGGGACGCCUACGUUCCGAUACAUUCGAAUCACUGCCGGCUCAAAGUUGCCCAAAUUCGUUUUUCUUCAAUCACCAAGUGUCCACUUCCAGUUCAAAACUCACGACGACGAUGAGUAAACGUAAAUUAAAAUCGUAUUACGAAGAUAUCAAACCUUUCGAAGGUGACUCGGAUCUACGCUCAGCUGCUCAAUUUUUACAGACUUUUGAGAAUCAUGUCGACAGAUUCGACGAUGUAUCGAAUCAUCAAAGUAAACAAAAAUUAUUCUACUUGAUUAAGCCAGCGAUCGAUUUAAAUUUCGAGGACGUUACUUCGAUGCGAUACGAAGAUUUGAGAGACUAUUUUCUGAAUAAGUUUUGGAAUAUGCCGCAGCAGUAUAAAGUUUACGCGGAAUUCUUGAGAAAUUCACAUCCAAUGUAUCAAGGUCAGAAGGUUUCAGCUUACGUGAAUUUAUGGGUUGAUCGGUUUAGAAAUAAUACUAUCGUUUUAUCGAACGAUUUCAUAAGCAGUCUUUUAAAUAGAAUUCCGGUACGGUUUGGUGUUUAUGUAUUGAGGAAAAGUCAUCCUCAGAUGGAACCGGAAGAGAUUUGUGAUCUAGUCAAAGCGUGUGAGUCGGAUUUGUGUUUGAUUGAGAGGAAAGAUGAGUUGGCGGAGUUUUUGUGAUUUUUUUUGAGAAGAGGAUUUUUCAAGGGAGAGGUGUAUAAAAUUUGCAUUAUUUUUUUCAAUAUUUUUUCAAGAUGAUUGAUGAAUGUGGAUUGAUAGACACUUUAAGGAGUUCAUUUUUUCAUUUUUUAUUUUUAGUUGGAUUUUAGUUUUAUAUUCUCAUUUUUUUGACUGGUCUCGAAUUUUUUAUUUAAUAAUUUAGUAUAAUUUUUAUACCUAUUUUGUUCAUUUGUUAUUAAUUUUUAAUUUUAAUUCUUUGCCAUUUUCAUUGAGAAGUUUUUCAUUUGUUGAAUUUUUUAACCUGAACUUCGUGCAUUUUGUACUGAUUUUUUUGAAUGUUGAAGUAAUUUUUGUUGGCCUUUU